AUGCUAUGUGAUGAAACAGCAGAGCCGAAGGCCUUGCCGCUAUCGCUUCUGAAAAAAAUCACACAUGAUUUCUCUGAUAAGCAGGCAAUUGGUAGAGGUGGAUUCGCGGUGGUUUAUAAGGGAAUGCUUGAGAAUAGAACCGUGGCCGUGAAGAGAAUGUCGAAUACGUAUAUGUACGAGAAGGAGUUCCAGCGAGAAGUUGAAUGUCUCAUGAUAGCGAAGCACAAAAAUGUAGUACGGUUUCUAGGAUAUUGUGCUGACACACAAGGGAAUAUGGCAAGGUAUGAAGGAAAAUUCGUCAUGGCAGAUGUCCAGCAAAGGUUGCUAUGUUUCGAGUAUCUUCCUAAAGGGAGUCUUCAUGAGUAUAUCACUGAUAUGUCUUGUGGACUUCGGUGGAGAGACCGCUAUCAGAUUAUCACGGGAAUUUGUCAAGGGUUACAUUAUCUUCAUCAUAAACAUAUUGUCCACUUAGAUCUAAAGCCCGCAAAUAUAUUGUUGGAUGAUAAUUGGGUACCAAAAAUUACCGAUUUCGGCAUAUCAAGGUGCUUUCUUGGCACCAGAAUCUUAUAA